AUGAGCUUGGACCUGUGCGCCUCGAGCUGCCCUUCGCCGUUCUUCGGAGUCUACGACACUGACUGCUACUGCGGCCAAAGGAUCGAGCCAAGUGACGGCAAAGUCAGCAGCGCCCAAUGCGACAAGCCUUGCCCCGGUAACAAGAACCAAGUGUGUGGCGGCAAAGCAAGACUCGCUCGCCGCGGCGACGUUCCCGCAGGCGUGCUCCUCUCCGUCUACGAGCGCAAGAAUGAGCGUCCUACCGCGGCGCUCAAGGUCGUGACCAGCACCCAAGUCAUCACCGUCACGUCCUGCCCGCCCGUAGUCACAGACUGCCCCGUCGGCCAGACGACCACCAAGACCUGGAUUGCCACGGUGACCGCCCGGCCGGGCCCGGAAGAGUGGCACAACAAGGUCGUCACCUGCUACGGCGACUACUGCGUUUCCGGCCCCGGCUGCGACGAGUGCCAGCACACGCGUGUCGUCUUCGACGGCGUCCAGUACCAGUGCGAGGCGUCCCCGGAGUCCAGCCCGCACAGGCUCGUCCACUGCAAGGACGACGAGUGCAGGUACUCCAAGUGCCGUGGUGACCGCUGCAACCAAAAGGUUGUCUGCUGGGACGGCCAGUGCACGCCCGCGGCCUGCUACGGCGACGAGUGCGACAAGAAGCUGGUUUGUAGCAACGGACACUGUGAGCACCAGGCCUGCCACGGGGAGGACUGCCAUAAGAUGUGGGUUUGCGACGACGGCCACUGCACUGCCCGGCCUGGCUGUACCGGUGAUUGCGUUGCUCCUCCGCCUGUAAAGCCUGCUCCCGGUGCCUCGCCGGGCUCCGGUUCACCUGGCUCUGGUCCAAAUGGUUCUGGCUCGCCAAGCUCCGGCUCCCCCGGGUCUGGUUCCCCGAGCUCCGGUUCGCCUGGCUCUGGUUCAAAGGGUUCUGGUUCACCCAGCUCUGGUUCCCCUGGUUCUGGUUCACCUGGUUCUGGUUCACCCGGCUCUGGUUCCCCUGGUUCUGGUUCCCCUGGUUCUGGUUCACCUGGUUCUGGUUCAAAUGGUUCUGGCUCGCCGAGCUCCACCCCCUCCGGCUCCGGCUCACCCGGCUCCGGCUCAGGCAAGCCCGAGAACCACGGCAAUUCCGGAAAGCCAGCAGACUCUGGCAGCCCCGCCAACAAAGCAGGCACCGGACAUGUCGAAGGCCCCGGCAAGCCCGGCAACGGCGGCAGCGCCAGCCACGAGCCAGAGCCCAACAAGUCCGGCCACAACGAGCAUCCCGCCAAGCCCAGCAACAAGGCCGACGCCGGCCACCAAGGCCCCGGCGAGUCCGGCAACAAGGCAGGUCCCGGCAACAAGCCAAGUUCCGCCGGCCCCAGCCCUUCCGGCGACAAGCAGCGUCCCGCCGGCGUCAAUUCCGCGACACACCCCAAGAACACGUCGCCCGUGGUCGCUGGUUCCACCAAGCGCGCAGUCGGUUUCCACGUCCUGGCUGCCGCUGUUGGCCUGGCGCUCAUGAUGUAG